CCCUCGAAUCUCACUCCUAACCUUAAUUUCCUUUCAUAAGCGAGCCUCCUCACAAGGUCGCGCACCUCGCUGCGUCGGUGGUGAGGACACCUGGGCCACGGCGACAAGGACGCCCGCAGCCAUUUCACAGCCACAUUAUCUGUCGAGUGCUUCUCCUACGACACGACGACGCCUCCGGUCUCCUCGAGGUCCGACUCUACGGCCCUUGCUACUCGUACUGCGAAGACGGGCUCACCUCCUUCAACAGCGAGGCGCGGGGGAACCUCAGCUACGGCGCGCUCUGCGGGGUGGUCGGGUGGGCGCAAGAGGAGUUGUUCCUUUGGCUCCCCCGCCUCUGGCGUGAUCCUCUUCGACAUUGGGGUCGCGCGCAAGCGCCUCGCCGCCUCCGCCUUCGAUGUGUCGCAGGAAUGCCGCCCGAAAGUGGAAGAAGCGGCUGCCGGAAUAGGCGAGUUGGCCAGAUUGAAAACGAAGCGAUCUUGCUGGGCGACAUUUCAUUUCGUGUUGAAUUAGGGUUUGAUUGUGGUGCGAUUGCUGCUGCAUUUGUUGGCUACUGGAUGAUCGACAUCUACUUCCUCUACCUUUCUUAUUUCUUCUUGCUUUCCAACUAAAGAUUGAUUUUUUUUUUCCACUGACAAUCUGUUCUCUUCUGCAAAAUAUGAUCUUUAUGUUGAAAAUUUCUGAAUUUUCAUGGGAUUAAACUUCAACAUACGUCCAUUUCAAAUAGCAAUGCUUGUUGUUGAGACAAACCUUUAUUCUUUGACAUUUCUUGUUUACUUCAAUGUUGAUUCUACCAAUGCGUCGGUGGUGAGGACACCUGGGCCAUGGCGACAAGGACGCCCGCAGCCAUUUCACAGCCACAUUAUCUGUCGAGUGCUUCUCCUACGACACGACGACGCCUCCGGUCUCCUCGAGGUCCGACUCUACGGCCCUUGCUACUCGUACUGUGAAGACGGGCUCACCUCCUUCAACAGCGAGGCGCGGGGGAACCUCAGCUACGGCGCGCUCUGCGGGGUGGUCGGGUGGGCGCAAGAGGAGUUGUUCCUUUGGCUCCCCCGCCUCUGGCGUGAUCCUCUUCGACAUUGGGGUCGCGCGCAAGCGCCUCGCCGCCUCCGCCUUCGAUGUGCCGCAGGAAUGCCGCCCGAAAGUGGAAGAAGCGGCUGCCGGAAUAGGUGAGUUGGCCAGAUUGAAAACGAAGCGAUCUUGCUGGGCGACGUUAAUUAGGGUUUGAUUGUGGUGCGAUUGCUGCUGCAUUUGUUGGCUACUGGAUGAUCGACAUCUACUUCCUCUACAUUUCUUAUUUCUUCUUGCUUUCCAACUAAAGAUUGAUUUUUUUUCCACUGACAAUCUGUUCCCUUCUGCAAAAUAUGAUCUUUAUGUUGAAAAUUUCUGAAUUUUCAUGGGAUUAAA